AUGUCGAUACAUCGUUCUGGAUCAAAGCCACUCAUUGUUUCAGAGGCGUAUGGCAGAAAGUUGACACCAACAACAUCAAAAACCAACAAUGAAGAUAGUUUAUCAGAUUCUACUCCAUAUUUUGAUGCUUCGGCAAUUAAAGAUUUUAAUACUAAACCUAAUAAUAAUGGAGGUGGAUCAAAUAAUAAUAAUGGGUCGUGGACUGAUACAGUAGCAAGGAGAUGGAAGAAAUUUUCUAGUUGGACGAUCGGAAAUAGAAGAUUAAAGAUGUAUAUUUAUUCAGUUCUAAAGUUUGCUACUAUUACAUACGUUCAAGCAAAUGACGUAUUGGGCAAAGCUUCAAACACAAAUAAUCAAACAGAGAAGGAUAUGCAAAUGGCAUUCAAAGUUCUUUCAUAUCUAUACAUGGCUAUUUUAAUUUUACUUUUCACUUUCAGAUAUGUUAGAGAAUUGAUUGCAAUUUCCAGGAAGAAACCUCUUUCAAUUUGGGUAAACUGGAUUGAAUCAUCUGUUUUUUUAACCUAUAUUUGCUAUUCGAUUGUUACUUCUGUCAUUCACGUUGUUUACAUUACAAAACACUACAAUGCUGAAUAUGAAGAAAGAUUAUUGCAUCCAGAGAAUUUUGCUUACAAAACAGUUACACUUGAGGAAGAGUUGGCAGUGGAAAUUUUGGAAGUUUUUGUUCACUUGUACAUCAUCUUUGAUAAGUCAACGCAUUACCUACAUGCAGGACACAGUGUUUCUCUAUAUUUGGCUAAAGCUCAGCAUAUUCCAAAGAAUGCUCAUCCAGGGCAUGAUCAAAAUCAAAACCAUUAUCAUGAUGCCUUCGAUCAUCAUGCUCAUCUUUACACAAAUCAAUCUGAAACUGAUGACGAAGAAAAGAGUGAUGAAGUAUAUGAUGAUUUUAUUGGAAAACCAAAAGAAGCCACAAAACCAACAACAAGAAGACACACCGUUAUGGCAAUGACACCACCAAGACAAAAUAUUGAUUCUGAAAUUUUAUUGGAAGAGCCAAGAUUGGCAUUUAAUAAGUUUUAA